AUGGGGAGCCAGGCAGAGCUUCACCCCGGGGAGCAGGAGGGGCUGUGCUGGGGGCUGCGGGCCUGGGGCACGGGGGGGCUCCAGCAGCUGUGCCCCCUGCCCGGCCAUGGAGCAUCUCCCGGGGCCACGGGCCUUCGCUCACCCCUCUCUGCUUUAGGAUCCCCGCAGUGCCGGGAACAAGCCGUGUCUGCCGGUGAAACGCUGCGGCUUCUGCCAGAGAAACCCCCGCAGGGGUGGGAAAAGGUCGACUGGCGAGUGAGACUGAACUCGGGACACAAGAUCCGGAUCCUGACGGCUGAGAAGAAUCAGGCUGUCCAAUUUUCCAAGAGUACUUUUUCUGGGAGAGCUGGUUUCCAGCUGGACACCCUCUCCCUGUGGAUCAGCGCGGUUGGCACGGCAGACAGCAGGGUCUAUGAGGUGGAAUUUGAGGACACAUCAGGUACUGUUACUGCCCAGUGGUGCUUCCACGUGUCGGUGUGGGAGCCCGUCCGCUCGCCGCACCUGGAGCAAAACCUCCUGCACCGGGAGCAGGGCUGGUGCAACCUCUCGCUGGUCUGUGCCGUGCCCGGCGCCAGCAACGUCUCCUACAGCUGGACCUGCAGCGGGGACCCCCUGGGAGACCCAGAGCCCCGUCCCUGGGUGCAUCUGCAGGUCCGUGAUGGCGACAACCUCACCGUCUGCUCCUGCAACGCGAGUAACCCGGUGAGCUGGAGCGUGGCCAGCACCGAUGUCACGGCAGCCUGUCACACCGAGGCCUCAGGGCUUUCCAACAUCAUUCCGUGGUUGGCGGUGGCUGUGUUCCUGGGGCUGGCGCUCUCCGUAGCCCUCGCUGUCAUCUGCUACUUAAAGAGGAAGCGAGGAAAAGCCUCUCCGGGAGGACACGUUGAGGAGAUGAUGACUGUCUACGAGGAGGUGGGCAAAGCCCGACCCAGACAAGACCCCAAUGGGACCAGUGAGGCCACCGCGGGUGGAAACACCAUCUACGCUGUUGUCUCCAACAAGAUGCAGGGACCCAGCCACCCUCAGGAGCCCGAAAGCCUCACCAUCUACUCCACGGUUCAGCCCACCAGGAGGGCUCCUUCCCUCAAGAAGAAGAGGCUGGACCCAGCUUUGGUUUCCACUGCCUACGUGGAGGUAACGAGCAUCGCACCGGCUAUGGGGGGUUCUAGACGCUGGUGCUCCCCGGUGCAGACCUCGCCCGCAGCUCCUGCCAGCCCACAUCUCUCCUAGUGCCUGGGCUGCCUCAGCAAGACCUUCCCUUCCCUUCGGGCCUCUUCUCCUGGAGCACCCAAAGACCUCCAGCACCUGCUGGAAACCCACCCGGCAAAGCCGGGGGCUCGCUUGGGAUGGAACCGGUCAGACGCGGGUUUUUGCAAGGACACAGAUCCCAGCUGCGCCUCGGAGGCUUUCCUGCGAGGGAAGGAGGAAAGACUUGGUGAUGGAAACCUGUCUUUGGAGGAGACGGAUGAGAAAUUGGACAAGAGGGGGAGUGGUGAGGAGAGGACACGUGUGUUUAGUGCCAACGUGUGAUCUUGUGGGGUUUUUGAGGUCUUGACAGGUUCAGUACGCCUCUGGAAUUUAUUUUUAAGUGCAUAUAUAAGCUGAACUGCAGGAGGCAA